AUGGUCCUCUCAUUUAUUCUGGUUCAGAAUCGCCAGGGGAAAACGCGCCUGGCGAAGUGGUACUCCCCAUACAGUGAUGAAGAGAAAGUGAAGCUAAAAGGCGAGGUUCAUCGCCUUGUCGCCCCGCGCGAUCAAAAAUACCAGUCGAAUUUCGUCGAGUUCCGCCGCAGCACCAAGGUCGUGUACCGACGAUACGCCGGACUAUUUUUCUGUGUUUGCGUCGAUGCAAAUGACAAUGAGCUCGCAUAUCUUGAAGCCAUCCACUUCUUUGUCGAAGUAUUGGACCAAUUCUUUGGAAAUGUAUGCGAGCUAGACUUGGUCUUCAAUUUCUACAAGGUCUACGCCAUCCUGGACGAAGUCUUUCUCGCAGGCGAGAUUCAAGAGACGAGCAAGCAGGUUGUUCUCACACGAUUGGAGCACCUGGACAAACUGGAGUGA